UCAGUUAUAAUCAAAAUGUGGCUGCUAACACUUGGCUCCGCGGUGCAAAUGCUGUUGCUAUUUUCGCUACUCCUUCUGCUGCCCCUCCCCGGAUUUUCAAGAGUUGAAGAAAACAGAAGAUACGACAGAUACGACGGUCAUCCAAUACGUGUAAACCGCCCACGGGUUUUGGAGCGCAACUGAUAUGCAUAACUGUGUUUAGUAUGCAUUCCUCGGAAAGGUCUCUGAAAUAUACAAUAAACUAGCGAACUGCUGGGGCAUCUGCAUUCCUAUUUAA